AUGCAUCGAUAUCUCUCCGAUCGCAAGAAUGACGCAGAAAUCGUCACCAUUGACUUUCGGUCAACUUCAAUCAGGCUAAGUCUUCUCAAAGAGGUGAUAUCUUAUGCAAUGUCUCACAUUACUCAAAAGAUAAACAUUGAAUACUCGAGUCCUAUCCAAACAAGACGUGGUGGAUUCGAUUUAUCUUUGUUUAAAUCUCAUUUUCUUCAAGAUCUUUGUUUGAAUAUCGAUUUUGAGCUCUUUAAAACUCCAAAUCUCACAUGGGAUUUGCCUGUUUUGACUACUUUGCAUCUUGAAAGGGUUUCAUUCUUACUGUAUCCUACUGAUAACAAAUCCUUGGAUUUGUUUUCCACCUUUUCAAAUCUGAAAAAUCUUUUCUUGGUUGAUUGUCAAUUAUGGCAAGUUAAUACUUUCUAUAUCACAUCAAGUAAAUUAGAGAAUCUGAGAUUAAAAUUUCUUCAUCAUUCAUGUCAGUUUGUGAUCUCAGCACCAAAACUUUCCUCUUUCACAUAUGAUCGCAUGGAUCAUCUGUCUUUGUUGUUAACCAGUGAUCUCAAUUCAUUAGAAACUUUAGUCUUUCGAACCAUUUAUGACAACAGAUCAUUGGGAGAACAACAAAAGAAUGUUGAAUUGCUGAUCGAUAUUUUUCAUCAAAUGUGUAACACAAAGUUUCUUACUUUGAACACUGCGACAUUGAAGUAUCUUUCAAGAUUCCCUGAAUUACUUGAAAGUAAAAUUUCCCCUUUUGUGAGAUUACAAACUUUGACAUUACAUGAAAUGCCUCCAUCAUCUGUUGACCUUGCUGAUAUCAUCAGUUAUUUCCGUAGCUAUGUUCCAGAUUGUUUGCUUUUUGUUGAAUAUUAUCCAGAAUUAUGGAGCACUCUUGACUUGAAAUCCAUUGAAAAAAUCAUCAUCAGGUUUGAUUGA